UCACAAGUGCAAGAACCUGGACGUUUACUGGCCGAAGCCUUAAGUUCUGUGACCGGACUUGACAUAACUGACUUUGUUUGUGAAUGGGAAAAGUACCACACAAAUGGUGACAUUAGUCUUUUCCUUGAAAAUGUAAAUCGGAAAUGUCCUGACAUUUCUCAUGUGUACUUGCUCGACGAUAACGUUGGUGGGAAUAACCUGACUGCUAUUAACCAGGUUUGUUUUUCUCACUUCAGUUCAUUACCGCAUUUUAAGUAUAUCGCCAAUAUGCACGGCAAUGAAAUAUUGGGAAGAGAAUUAUUGCUGAUGCUUGCUCAUGAUUUGUGUACCGGUUGGAGAAAAAACGACCAAAAAAUAACUAAUUUGAUCAAGUUGACUCGAAUCCAUUUACUACCCACAAUGAAUCCAGAUGGAUGGUCCAAAGCUUUUCAUACAUCCAAAGAUCGAGAAACCGUUGGUAGAGAGAACGCCAAUAAAGUUGACCUGAACCGAAACUUUCCUAAUCUGGACGCAGUUGUAUUCAAAAAUGUUGAAAAGAAUGGCCCGUUCGAUCAUCUGUACAACUAUAGUCAAGAGAAAAACAAAAAUUCCAACCUUGUGGACCGUCAACCCACUAAAGAAACACGGAUGAUUAUGCAAUGGCUCGAUCGAUACAAUUUCGUGUUGUCCGCCAACAUGCACGGAGGUGAUCUGGUGGCCAAUUAUCCAUACGACAGCUCACCCAGUGGUCGAGCCGAUAUUUACACAGAUGAAUCGUUACACGCCGAAAAAAGAAGUCACAUGGAGUUCCGGGUAGGAGAUAAUAGAGAAUGUAAGCUGCAGUGA